AUGUCUUUCUUCGCAGUUCUUUUACUGUUCGUUAUUCUUGCUUCCACUUGUCACACAUUCCUAGCUCUCUUUCAUAUGUACUCUCUCUUCUCUCACUUCCUCUCUCUCAAAUGUAAUAUUUCUUUUUCUCACUCACUCCCUCUCAAAUGUACCCUCUUGUUCUCUCACUCCCUCUCAGUAUAUGCAUCUUUCCUUUAUUGUUUCACUUAUUUUUCUCACUCUUCCCUCUCUCAUUCAUUGUCACCCUCUUUCCUUGUUCUUUCUUCCUGUCUUUCUCUCAUUCCCAAUUUCUUUCUUUCUUUCUUAUGGCUACACAUAAUUCUUUGCUUUUCUCUUUUCCCCAUAUUCAAAUGUACUUUCUUUCUUUCUUUUCUCCAGGUUCAAAAGUUCUUUCUUUUUAUUUCUCCAGGUUCAAAUGUUCUUUCUUUCUUCUUUUCUUUCUUUUUUCCAGGUUCAAAUAUUCUUUUUUUUUUCUUCUGCUUGUAUAUCACUCUUCACUUUUCUCUUGUCUCCAAAUUCAAAUGUUUUUUCUUUAUUUUCUUGAGGUUCAAAUGUUCUUUCUUUCUUUCUUUCUUUCUUUCUUGCUUUCUUUCACUUGUCUAUAGUUCUUUGAUUUCUCUUGUCUCCAAAUUCAAAUGUUCAUUUUUUUUCUUUCUUUCUUUUUUCUUUCAAGUUCAAAGAUUUGUCUUCCUUUUUUCUCUGAAACUUCAUUUCUUAAAUUUUCUUUACCAUUCUCUUGCUUCCUUAUAA